AUGCGCGCGCGACGCCGCGAGCGCUCGCGCGCGACGCGCGCCGUGUGCCUCGGCGUCGCCGCCGUCCUCGGCGCGUCCUCGGCGCGCGCCGGCGGGGCCCCACCGCACGCGAAGACGUGCCUCCGCGCGCACCUCGUCGGGAGCGUCCUGGGUCAGAGCGAUCUCGGCGGCGCCAGGGCCUCGGUCGCGGGCGCGAUCGCGAUGAAAGCGUUCGACGAAUUCGAGGGCGCGCUCCUGCGCGGGGAAGAACCGAGCGCGGAGUUGCGCGAGGCGCUGGCGAACGCGUUGCGCGGGAGCGAUCGCGCGGCGAACAAGAAGUGCGUCGAGGAGGCGGAGAAGGAGAUGAAGGAUCCCCAGGAUAAGAAGGACGCGGAUAAGUUUUUGAAAAUGACGGAAGGACUUCCAGAGGCGACGUGUAAGGAUCUCGCGGCGUGCGUGACGUGGUUCGAGGGGCGAAAAGACAAGUUUAAGGGACUUUUGAUUCAACGCGAGGAGAAGCGCGGCGAGGAGAAGGGCUCUAUGAAAGGCGGUGACGGCUAUCCCACGGACAAAGUCGAGGAAGAAGAGGUCGACGAGGAACAAGUCGGCGACGACGACGAAAGUGACCCGAGAUCGAGGCAGGAUGACGAGGCGCUCAAAGACGAAGAGGACGAGAAAGAGGCGCUCGAAAAGCAGAACUCGGAAGUUCCAGCCGGCGACGAUAUUCCGGAGCAAGAUGCCGAGGUCGACGGUUUCGACGACAAGGAAGACGACAUCGACACGCAAAAUGACGACGACAAGGAAGAUGACGGCGGAUCCAGUCCUCCACCGACGGACGACACGUCUGACUCUGCGCCUGUGACUCCAGACACGUCUGAUUCUGCGCCUGUGACUCCAGACACGUCUGAUUCUGCGCCUGUGACUCCAGACACGUCUGAUUCUGCGCCUGUGACUCCAGACACGUCUGAUUCUGCGCCUGUGACUCCAGACACGUCUGAUUCUGCGCCUGUGACUCCAGACACGUCUGAUUCUGCGCCUGUGACUCCAGACACGUCUGACUCUGCGCCUGUGACUCCAGACACGUCUGACUCUGCGCCAGUGACUCCAGACACGUCUGCUUCUGCGCCAGUGACUCCAGACACGUCUGCUUCUGCGCGUACGCAGAAGACCAGAGCCAGAGGCACUCUCGGCGGUGCUGAAGGCGCCGCCGCCGCCAAAAACGCUGAUAACUCUACGGCCGCCGCUGCUAAAAAGGCUGAGAAUGACGAUGCCUACGCCGCCGCCGAAAAUCCUGAGAACGCCGACGCUGAAAAACCUGAGGACACCAAGGAUGGCAAGUCUGACGACUACGUACCUCCGGAAGAACCUGAUGACGGAUCUGCGGACGGUGAUGCUCCUGAAGAAAUUGAAGAAGCACCUGAGGCUGCUCCGGAUGACGCUGAAACGACCGAACCGCCGGUGGACGCCGAUACCGAAGCAGACAAGGCCGAUAACGCUGCCAAUGAAAAUACUGAAGCAGAGAAUCCAGCUCUCGGUUUCGCCCGUCAACCUCACACCGGAAUGGUGUACUUCGCCGUCGCUUCGACGUUUGGCGCAUACGCGGCCUAUGUCGUGCAUCGACGCCGUCACGAGGCAGAGCUCUUACCCACAGCGUGUAAGUACGGAGCCAUCUCGUACGAAUAUGGUGAAGAAGCGUUGAAAACAACGAAAGCGUGCUGA